AUGAAAAAGAAAUCACAACAACAAAGAGAUGUAACUAGUAGUAGUAGUAGUAGUAGUAGAAAAAAGACAACUUCUUCAUCAUCAUCAUCUGAAGCAUUUAUAUUAUCAUUGAUUGGUGGUAUAUUUGCAUCAUUAUCAUCAGUAUUUGGAAAGAUUGCAUUAUCAAGUUCUUUUCUUUCAUCUUUAAUUUCACAAGAUAAUUGGUAUAUUUAUUUGUACAACAAUGCAAUGGAGAUAUUCAGCCAAAAGUAUGGAUUUAUCAUCAUCGCUGUCGGCAACAGUCGUUACAACAGCAAGUAA